AUGGACCUCUACGAACAUGCAUCGCAAGCUGAUUAUAACCUUCCGGUUCAUUCCAACGGUUUUGGUAACUUUAGCCAGUACUCAAACGUGCCGAAUGGACACUCUGUAAAUCACCAAGCAGGUCACCACCAUCACGAUGAUAAUCAUGAAUAUCGGCCUUAUCCUUCUCAUGGCGGUCCUAUUCCUCCACGACGAGGAAUGUCAUCGCCAGAAUUGAUGCAGCAACAUUUAGGACAACCACUAUACAUACAGCAAACACGUCAUCAGCCAGCCCAAAGUAAUAUUCAGUCUCGAAAUUACGAACAGAAUCCUCCGAUACCACCUAAACGAGCAUAUUCUCUCCAUCAGAGUGGCAAUCGCGACAACCGUGUGGUAACGCAAACCCAAUUACAGCACAGUCGAAACCAACGGCAGAGUCAGGAACAUCAGCAUUCGGUCUUUGGGAACUUGAAUUAUCAGCCUGAUGGAUUAUCCUCUCGGCCAGUGACAUUUCAACCAGUAAUCCAUAAGCCAGAACCAGAACAAUCAGUUUGGAAGCUUUGGGGGCAACGACGAGAUAAAGUAGAUUCAGAGCUGAAUGAUCAGAACAGAGAGUAUCAGAAACAGUUGCGCCAGGAGCGGAAGGCUCAAAAGAAGAAGGAUAAAGAAGCACGAAGGCAGAAACGGAAGGAAGACAAUGAGCUCAAACAGAAGGAGAAGGAACGGAAAAAGAAGGAAACUGAUGGCAGACAGUGGCAUCUAGUUGGGAAGAAAUUUGGAGGUGUGUUGAGCUUCCUGCUACCCAGGGUCUUAUCUCUUGCUGGAGUAUUUGUAUUGCUAGGUGUAAUUCUCAAUGGAGGGCCCAGUAUUCUAGCAAUCUUGACGGCUCUUUCAAAAUCACCAUUAGCUUUGGUUCUUUCCCAUAUAUUUACUGUACGUGUUCCCAAAAACGCCAGUAUUUUUAGAGGCAUCUUGUGUUAUGCCCGAGCCAUGAUGUCGCCAAUCUGGACUGCAUGUCGGUCGAUAAGGGAGUUUGGUGAAGCCCUUUAUUACUUUUCUGUAAUCCGGAGAAUUGUAAAGGAUCGGGAAUCUGAUGAUGAAUUGGAGUUUGACUCAAGCUGGCAACUUGCAUGUGCUUGUGUAGACUAUAAUAUCCUGGUAUCAGACGAACCGGACGAUGAGACUUGGGUCAAAGUCAUGGUAGACGCAGACAGAGUAGUAUCAGUAGUGUCAGUAGACGAGCGAAAGUUAAUACUGGACAGUCUGCCUCGAGGCCAAAAGGCUCUGAGCCGAAAUGAAAUGCUAGGAGGCUACCGACGCGCAACCUUUGCUGAUAUCAAGCAUAUAAUUAAAACGGACAGAGCACUAUCAAAGUCGUCUGGGGUACGAUUUGCAGGCUUGGUAUCUGGAUCGUGGAUUGUUCUUGCUACUAGUGGAAUCCAGACAGUCGUAUCAUCAGCUUACGCCUUCUCCAAUACGACUUCAUCAUCUUCUAUUUCAUCUCUGCCAAAGGGCUUUCCAACCUUGGAUGAAGCACCGUAUAUCGUCGCCGUAUAUGCAGUAGCCUCUUGUGUAAAUCUGUUGAUAGGUGUCUGUUGGCUAGACACGCAAGGAGUUGUGGUCCUUCACGAUCUCCCAAAGAGGCACGAACGAACAAACGUAGAUGACACUUCUAGAAGAAUUGCAAAGGUGGUGAAAUUUGUUAAGAAUAUUUUGUAUUUCAAGUGGUUUCCUCGGUUGGUGGGAUGGCCUGAAAGCCCGAAACAGUCUCGUUCUCCCAGAACGUCUAAUAGCAGUUUAACAGAGAGGGAAGAAUUAGAAUUUCUGUAUGCUGUCUUUGUCGGAUUUCCCGUCAUAUUAUUGUGGAUUCUCUUAUCUGCAUGGCACACCAGUUUCACAUACUCGGAGCUUGGUAUUGUUGCAGUGUCUUGGCUAGUGUCAGGAAUUUGCGCUGACGUGCCUGAAAUGCUUAUUGCGAAGCAAACUCGAACUGUAAAAGUAGAUACCGUUAAUCGUGAAACACGGGAGAAUGACAAGAAGCAAUUUCAACCUUCUACCGUGGCCAGAGGACCAAAAAAGCACUUGAAGCGAUUGGCGGCUCCAAAGCAUUGGAUGCUUGACAAGCUGACUGGAACUUGGGCACCACGUCCAUCAACCGGUCCACACAAACUACGAGAAUGUCUCCCCCUCAUUGUCUUUUUGAGAAAUCGAUUAAAGUAUGCCUUGACAAACAAGGAAACCAAUGCCAUUGUCAUGCAAAGGUUGAUCAAGGUUGAUGGAAAGGUCCGUACUGAUAUGACAUUCCCUGCUGGAUUUAUGGAUGUUAUCUCUAUUGACAAGACUGGAGAAUACUUCCGUCUUGUAUACGACGUCAAGGGUCGAUUCGCCAUUCACCGUAUCACUGCUGAAGAAGCCAAGUACAAGCUCUGCAAAGUCAAAAAACUCACAGUAGGCAGCAAAGGCAUCCCCUUCAUCGUAACCCACGAUGGCCGAACAAUCCGCUACCCAGACCCACUCGUAAAAGUAAACGACACUGUAAAGCUCGACGUUGAAUCUGGCAAAGUCACUGAAUUCCUUAAAUUCGAUAUUGGAAAUCUCGCAUAUGUUACUGGUGGUCGCAAUCAAGGUCGUAUUGGAAUGGUUACACAUCGUGAACGUCACGUUGGAGGAUUUGAUAUUAUUCAUGUCAAGGAUGCCAUGGAUCGAUCAUUUGCUACUAGGAUGACGAACGUGUUUAUCAUUGGUCAUGGAAAGGAUUCGUGGAUUUCAUUGCCACGUGGUCGUGGUGUGAAAUUGACCAUUGCUGAGGAACGUGACAAGAGACGAGAGAAGGCUGCUACUGCCACAGCAUAA